AUGAGGAGCAUCAGAAGACUUUCAGACUGCAGUAUCACUGAAGAAGGUUAUAAAGCUCUGGCUUCAGCUCUGAGAUCAAACCCUUCACACCUGAUAGAGCUGGAUCUCACAGGAAAUGAUCCUGGACAAUCAGGAGUGAAGGAGCUCAGUGAUUUACUACAGGAUCCAAACUGUCAACUCAAGACACUGAGGUUUUUGGGUCCUGCUGCAGAUGAAGCCUGUCAGUAUGUGACUGGAAUUGUGGGUAAAAACCCGUUACUCCUGAGAGAGCUGAAUCUGAGUGGACAUAAACUAGGAGACACAGGAGUGAAUCAGAUCGCUGCUCUACUGCAGGAUAAACACUGUCAACUCAACACACUGAACAAAAGCAUCUUCUGAAGUCUACUAUAGAUAUAAAUAUUCAUACAUGCAUAUAACUGCAGUUGCACCGGCUCUCAGGUGUUUACAGACAUUCCUAUAUGGCGGACGGCUUACGUAUAGCAGCCCUUGUGAUCUUUAGGCAAG